AUGGAUGAUCUGGAGUCAGAACUGAGGUGCACACAAUCUCAGGAGGAGUUCAAGUUGGAAGAUCUGAAGAAACUGGAAAUCAUUAUCAACAGUAUUUUGACGUAUAACAGAGAUUUUGCUUUUGAUGUGCAGCCAGUGCCCUUGAGGAGAAUCCUUGCCCCAGGGGAGGAGGAGAACUUGGAGGUGGAAGAAGAGGAGGAUGCUGCUACAGGAGCAGGCUCCCCAGAGUCCUUUCCCAACAGAGUACCAGGUACAUUGUUGCCACGGUUACCCUCAGAGCCCAGGAUGUCGCUGCUCACAAUAAAGAUUGACAAGAUUGGGCUGAAAGAUGCUGGGCAAUGCAUUGAUCCCUACAUGACAGUUAGUGUGAAAGAUUUGAGUGGCAUUGAUUUGAACCCAGUGCAAGACACACCUGUGGCAACCCGAAAGGAGGACACAUACAUUCACUUCAGCGUAGACAUUGAGAUCCAGAGACAUAUCGAGAGACUACCAAAGGGGGCAGCUAUUUUCUUUGAGUUCAAGCACUAUAAGCCCAAGAAGGGGUUUACCAGCACAAAAUGUUUUGCCUUCAUGGAAAUGGAUGAGAUCAAACCUGGUCCCAUUGUGAUCGAGUUGUACAAGAAGCCUACUGACUUCAAGAGGAAGAAGCUCCAGCUCCUGACCAAGAAGCCACUCUAUCUCCACCUCCACCAGACGUUGCACAAAGAUUAAUAACCGAGGUCACAGAGUAGAGCACAUCAAGAAAGCAGAAGCGCCACAGAAUUCCACUGUAGUCAUCAGACAUCCAGCAAAGUUUGG